GACGCAAAGACGAGCCAGUUAAUCUUCGAUUUAUUAACAUCUGUUGUUUUAAAAUAUUUCUUCUUGGAUUUCUCUCUUCUUAAUAAUCGGCGUAUUUUUGGCUAGUCUCUUCACAAAUCAAAAGCAGUUAUUUUCGUCAUAUUCAAUCACCAGCGGUAAAUCAAUAUUGUUUUUGGUAUACCAUGCUAUAGUUUAGUUCAGAAUCAGUCUUAUUCUUCCGUCAAAAUAUUAGCCAAAUUCUGCAUGAAAUACUAGAAGGCUCUACUUACUAGAUUAGGCUACUCCUGAGUUUCAGUAUUAAUGCUUAUGUCUUCUGGUUGUGAAAUAAAAGAGCGCUGAACAGUAUUCUUUUGGUGUUUUCGUUCUCCAAUAUUAUUUACCAAUACAAUGUCUCGUGAAUUGCCAGAAAAGAGUUACAGAUUGUUUAAUAGAUAGUACUUGUGUCUCGAAUUUUUGGCUAAAAUGACGGUUUUAACUGUGCCGGCGUCUGAUCUAUUCAACAUAUCCAUAUCACUGGACAAAUCGCUAUUCACUGGAAUCAAGGAGGCCAAGAGCAAUGAGGACGCUAAAGACCAGGAUGAGGAUAACGGAGUCUCCACAGAAAUCUACCUUGUCAACAAGAGAAUGGAUCAGUGUCUGGGAACCCUCAGGCUAUCUCUCACUGCCACAGACAAACCAUCCACUCCUUUCCUCAAACCACAGAGCUCUGCCAGUAAAAUCGAGGUCUCUCGCAAAUCGGAGUCUAGUAGCUCCGAGUCUAGGCUGUCGGAGUCUAGGCAUUCAGAGUCAAUGUUUUCCGAGUCCAGAGUCCGAGAGUCAGAAAUUACAGAGAACCAGACGCUGAUAUCGUCAAAUGCUUCUUGCCAGAAGAAAAACUCAAAAUCUGCUUCAUUUCAAGGGCCUGCGGUAAUUAUAGACGACAGAGUAGAGGCAUCCGGGUCGCGUGAACCCCCUGCGAGAAAGACGUCUUUGUUCGCGGCGCUUCCGAAUUAUCAACCUAACAAAAUCACUGAUUUUACCCGUAAACUUUCGUGUGGGGCAAAUUUGACCCCGCGUGACAUUUCUCCUAUAACUGUUCAAACCAAAAGGGCUUGCUCUCCGGAUGAUUACUUAAGAGCUUCAAGUAUGUCUCGAGUUGUUGCCAUUCAAAGCGAAUUGAAAUCGCGCUCUAUAGUAUCGCCCACGUUAAUGAAAACAUACGGGGAUAAAUACGAAGACAGUCUGCCUCUUAGGAAAAGAUCUGCUAUGCGACCCAGUGGUGGUAGUUCUUUUAUGCAUCACCCUGAAUUGACAAGUUAUACUUCUCCCGUAAAAAUUGAACCAUGUGAAAAUAAAGAAGCCACUGGAAGCUCAGAGAAACUUAAAUUGUCUUCAGCGGAUCAAGAUAGCCAUGACAAUGAUAUGUCGUUAAAACGAAAAAGGAAGAUUUCUAUUUUUCAAGGCAGGCCCUCUGUUAUGAACUGGCAGCCAGAGGACAGAGACAGGUCGCCCUCGUUAGAGUCGACCGAGACAGAACGAGGGGUGGCUGCGGACGCCGACGACGAAGAGUACGAUGAGAACUCGGGCGGUGAUGCAGAAACGCAUGGACAUUUCAAAACAAUAGCCGGGUCUCCGGUUCCUAUGCAGGGUUCCAGUUUCGAUCAAGACGACGCGAAACGAAAAUGCUCGUUAUUCUAUAACGGUGAUUUCAACCCGUCCCAACUUGCGCAUGUUCCGGGAAACGAUGAUUACUAUCGCAAAAUUUCAGCGCUAAGUCUGGGUGGUAUAUCGUUUAAUCCAGAAGAUGGGUUUGAAAGUCUAGAUGAGUUGGAGGGUGAUGGAAGGGAUCCAAACACGACUCCUGUGAGGCUCAAAAAGAAAUCUUCAAUGAAAAUGGAGCCACCAGAUCCCAACGGGACUGUGCAAAACCGUCUGGAGAAAUCGGGAUUGUUGACAGUCAACCCAAAUAUGAUUCGAUCUAAUAUGAACGUUUCAUCCAAGCGCGAAAUAAUUCAAGGAAAUUCUGGGCUAAACGGCGCUAUGCUCCAAAAGAUGGUUCAUCCGGUGACAGUGGCAUUCUUACAGCAACAGCAGCAGCAGCAUCAACAACAGCAACAGUUAUUUCAGCAGGAGCAACGUCAUAUUAACCCUGUACCCAUGCUGCCAUUUGGUGCUGCACCAUCGCAACCCCAAAUUCCACAUCCAGUUCCACCACAGCAACUUCCCCAGAUGAUGCCACCCUUGCUUCAUGUUGCCCAGACAAACCAGGAUCCACAAUCAAUAUCUCCACAGAGCAUGUACUCUUCCGAUGGUGGCAACAGUUCCCCAGUUUCUACGACAUCAUUCGGAAACAUACAAGAAACAAUGGCUCAUAGACGGCGCCCAUCACUCACGCCAGAGCCUCAGUCAUCUACUUCCAAAAGCAUGUUCGGACGACCUUCGACAUCGGGAGGAGCAUAUGGUGCUCGUAGUAAUUCGGCAAGCGCAUCCGGAGGUCGCAUGGCCACCUGUGACCUGUGUCCGUAUCAAGCCAAACACCCCUACCAGAUCAAGUUGCAUAAGCGCAACUGUCACAGCGACGAAAGACCUUACCAGUGCAACUACUGCUGGUAUGCAAGUAAACAAAGAUGCAACCUCAAUCGCCAUAUUAGACAGGUGCACAGGCACGCAAACACUUUCUCCUCGUCCGCUUCAGUACCCAGCACAAAUCCGGGAACUCCCAGCAUGGGCACGCCCUUGGGGACGCCGGCGCCACGGAGUGUCACCGGGACAACAACACAUAUGAGCAACUUCGCCCACAGUUCCAUUUCAGACGCGAGUCUGGGAGCGAAACCGUAGAGUCAAUUAGUGUACCCUAUGUGUAGUAGUCUGCUAAAACUUGAAUUAUCAUUAUCAAUAUAAAAAAUACAAAACUUGAUAUUUUGUUAUAUUUUAACGUUUUAUGUAGUAUAUGUUGAACAUAUUUAAAUAUGCGUUUCUUGUUAUAAUAGCUAGAUUUGUGUUUGUCGUCGCUUGUUGAUUGAACAAUAUCGUCGUUCUUUUUUCAAUUCAACAGUUGCUUUAUCAGUGUGAUGGCGUCGUGAUUCACCCGAAAAUGUUCUUUGAAGUGUCAUCUUAAAGUUGUGAAGUACCUAUCUGUUAUCUGACAAAUAUGCUAUUUAAAAAUGGUUAGUUACUUAUCAUGUUUCAUAACUUCAAAUCUAAACAAGACUUGAAAA